AUGGUGAUGCCGAGUGGAUCUGCGAUGAUGAAUAAUUCCUUAGAGGCCGCUGAUAAACACAAGGAAGAGCAACAGGCAGAGUACGAUCUUCAACUCCAAAUACAACAACAGCUAGCUGGCAUAGGCCCACAAAUGCCUUCAUCACAGCCCCAGGUCACGUCUAUGUCGCAGCCUGACCCGAGCACAAGCAGUGAAGCGGACGGUGGAAUCGAUGUGGCACCCAAACGCCUUCACGUUUCGAACAUCCCGUUCCGAUUUCGUGACCCUGACCUCAGGAUUAUGUUCGAGAAGUUUGGUCCAGUAAUGGAUGUAGAAAUCAUUUUCAAUGAGCGAGGAAGCAAAGGAUUUGGGUUUGUAACUAUGGAAAAAUCAGCCGAUGCCGAAAAAGCAAGACAAGAGUUGCAUGGUUCCAUGGUGGAAGGAAGAAAGGUGGAAGUGAAUUGUGCCACUGCUCGCAUACACACGAAAAAAGUGAAGGCAUUACCUGGUGUGUUGGAUCAAGCAAUGACUGCGUCUGCUCUGCAGAAUGUUGCUCUUGCUCAAGCGCAGGUGACGCGGGCAUUAUACAUGAGGAAUCCAUUGGUAGCACACUCCUUGCUAGCAAGAGGAGGCAUUGGCUUGACUGGUUUGUCGCAGUCAACGAUACCUUUGGCGAUGACUACGAAUCCGCUGACUACUGCUCAAUUGCAAGGUCAACAGUUGCUGUUAGGUGCAAGUCUUCAGCAGACUGCAGCACUUCAGCAGGCGUUUGCUGCUGCUGAUCCAACGACUGCUGCUCUCUUCAAUGAACAGGCUCGCUUGCAGUUUGCUGCUGCUCAAGCGCGUAUACCCACUUCGGCUGCCACUUCUCUUGGUGAGCAAUAUCUUGGACAAGCUCUCUCUGCUGCCCUUCCUGCUUAUCCUAUGAAUCAGGCGUAUCGGGGCGUGAAUCGCUUCGCGCCCGUUGCUGCUGGUACAUGUCAAAAGGACGGAAUCCCAUGGCUCUGUUCUGCUGCUACAAUCGUGAGG